AUGACCGUCCCACAGCGGCGCCCGGCCGGGCUCUGGCCGUGGCUGCUCAUGGCGGCCCUGCAGGUGGUGCUGGGCCAGCCCGGCCUGGAGUCCGAGCGGCCGGUCCUCCGAGCGGUUAUCAAGGUGACGCUGCUGAAGCACGAGCCCACGGGGAAGCCUCUCACCUUGGAAGGGGUGUUCGUGGGAGGAAGUGCCGGCAAAGCAGAGGGAAAACUAAUGCAGUAUCAUCCUCUGUCUCUUUGCAACACAAGCGAGGAUGAACGACAAGAGAGUGACUUCGUCACCAUUGUCAAACUGGAGACCGGGGUAAACGACUGUCUGCCGCUGCCCGACAAGGCUCGCAUGGCGCUCGAUAAAGGAGCUCAGGCGGUGAUCUUUGAUGUCAGAAAUUAUGCCAAUGCUGCUACUGAGCUGCAAGAAACAGACUCCCUUCCCCGUCCAGUUGUGCUGGUGGAGGAUAAUAAUGCUAAGGAGCUGAUGGAUUUGGUCAACAAGAACGAGGAGGCCAAAGUUGUCAUUGAGAUCAAGAUGGAGCCUAAAUGGCCACAUUAUGAUGUUGGUAUCCUGCUCACCAUCGUCCUGGCUGUUCUCACCAUCAUCCUCAUCUUUGCUUUCCGCUACAAGUGCAAGUCCAACAGAACCUUGGACUCCGUCCAUCAGCAGACCAUGCGGGCUAUUAGUCGACUGGAGAUCAAAAUCUACACCUCUCAGGGCUGCUCGGGCUCACAGCGCCACCGUGCGGCCUGGGGUUCAGCCAGCAGCUCCAAUUCGAGCCCCGUCUGCGCCAUCUGCCUGGAGGAGUUCCAGGACGGGCAGCUUCUGAGGAUCAUCUCCUGUGCUCACGAGUUCCAUAAGGACUGUGUUGACCCCUGGCUGCUGCAGCACCGCACCUGCCCCCUCUGUAUGCACAACAUCAUGGGGCCAGAGCGGCAGUCCCAGAGGAACAGACUCCAGCAGAGCCUAGAGCAAAGCCAGGGCUUCUUGCAUUCUCAGCCUUACAGCAGUCCACGCAACCACCCCUUUCAGCAGCAUGCUAUCCCCUUUCCUGUGAGGCCCCUCUAUCCUCGUGGACCCUCUGGACCUUAUCCCAAUCUUGGCCCCUAUAGUACCUCUUCUCCCAUGGACACUCAGACGCUACAUUUCCUCGCCAGCAGGCCGCUGGGCUCAGCCUGUGGGUACCACCUUCCCACAGAAGGUCCUGGGAGGCCCCACAGGAUGGGAGGUAACUGCAGGACCUCCACCCACCACUACACCCCCCGUCGGUCCUGCUACAACUAUCGCUCAUCUUGUUCAGCCCAGCGCAGCGCAUCCAGCUCAAGACUGCACCACACAGUCUCACUCACUCCACAGACCCGUGGAGCACCCGCCCACAGCCGUCAGGACGAAGGAAGCUGCUCGGGUGGGAGCUACCGCACGGAGCGCAGUGGAUACUUGGCUGACGGGCCAGCGAGUGACUCCAGCUCAGGGCCAUGCCACGGCUCUUCCAGUGACUCAGUUCUCAACUGUACUGACGUGUCCCUGCAGGGAGUUUAUGGCAGCUGGUCCACCUUUCGUAGCUCUCUGAGUAGUGACUAUGAUCCGUUUGUUUAUUGCGGAGCAGGUCCUGGGCAUGCACCUCGCAGGAACAGCCUGGAGGCUGGUGCCCAAGCCCGGCCCAGGUCUCUGGAUUCUGUGGUGAAUAAAGCGGGCUGCCCUGAAGAACAGCCACAGACUGUAUUUAGCCACAUCCACUACCACCGCCACAGACACCACCACUAUGAAGAGGGGGAGCAUAGCCAGGGUGCGAGCAGAGGCUCAGAUGAGGAGCAGGGGGCCGCUGCUGCCACAGCUGCACCCGCUGCCCCUGUCCUGGACAAAGACUCACCUGUGUCCCUUCCUAAGCACAGCCCCUGUCACUGCCCCAAGCCAAACUCCACCGAUCGGCCUAGCCCAGGGUCAGAGUGUCGGGACCAUGACCCCGGCAGCCCUACGGGACCUCCUGUGCUUAUGUCCCCAAUCCCCUUACAGCUCCAUCCCCACUGCUGCCGCCAGGGACACGGACACCCUCCCGCUUCUCUCGGGAGAGUGGGAGGAUGUGUGCUCGAUGGCCCCUCCGUUCGCUUCCACCAGAGUCUGGAUCUGCAGGACGACCGUAGCAUCCACAUUCACUACGGUCAGGGCUCAGGCUUCUGCUGCUCUCCUCCUGAGCUGCACCCUGCCUUGCUCCCCGUGCCCCUCAUUCUGGACUCUGGUGGGCUGGAGGACUGGCCUUGCUGUGCCGGCGCCCAUGUUGUGUGGCAAAAACGGGUGCAGCAGGCCCACUCAGAGCCUCAGCUCCUGGGGCCUGGGACCUCUAUGGACAGACCACCCUGCAGGUUCCAUCAGGGGCCUGCUGCUGAGUGCAACACAGACAUUUGUUUAUACUGCCAAUCAUUACAACACAAUCAGGGAUCAGAAGAGGAGUCUGGAGUGUGAGAACUUGUUGCAUCCCCAUUAUCACACUGCUACACAGGAGCCAAACUGGACAGGCCUCUCAUUGGCUCUCAUGUCUUCCACAGAUUUCUACCAGCAGUGCCUUCAUUAAGAUGAUUCCCCAGCUGAUACCGACCUCACACGAUCAAGUGAUCGUUACUAUUGAAAGUGAAAUUAAGUAAAAUUUUAGAGUCAUUCUGAACCCUCUAUAAUAUUUAAUGUCAAAAUAUCCUAAAAGGAACAUAUGAAGAUGAGGAAACGAUUCAUACAGCACAAAAGGAGGAGAAUUCUUCUUCUGUGUGUUCCUCCUCAUCACCUCGUAGGAAGAAUACUCAUGCUAUCACAAGUUCCCAUGCUCCUUAGUGACAGCUAUCGAAUGAUCCUUGCUGAGGGUGUUGAGCCCUUGUGAAGUGAGACUCUGUCUGCAGCACCCCCUCUCUCACAGAGUAACGUGAUUCAUCUUAGAGGUACUUCAUUUUCCCGUCUCCGCCUUCCUUCGCUGAGUCCAGUCUCAGCUGAGAGAUGCUUUUCUCUCCAGCCUACCUCAGCUCAGAUUUCUUAACGCGCCUCAAACAGGAGGUCCUUAAAGGUACUGCUGUAGUGAUUUUAUUUUAUUUUUUUUCCUUUUUAUGUCACAACCAUGUAGCUCCCACAAACUCAACAAAAACUCUCGGCAGUCUGACCUGUCCGUACAGAGAGGAAAGGUUGAUGCUCAGCCCCUCAAGCAAAUGAGCAUUCACUGAGGUUGCUGAGCCAUGGCAUGGGCCUUUGUUUUCAUUAUUACAAAUAUGGCAGCUGUUUUGUUAGUGUUUUGGAUCAUUUUCAUUUUUUUUCCUCAUCUGUCAAAAUUUGACUGAAUUAUAUUAUCGUCAUUACAAGCUAUUGUCUUGGUUUUGUCAUUUCUCUUGCCAGUAGUUACUUCACAUGUUUGACCUCAGUGCUGUUAACCCCCCCACCCCCAUCAGUGCAAAGUGAACGGGCCUCACCUGAGGGACGGUCCUCUGCUACUUUAACUCAUCACAAAGAGCUCAUACGCUCUCCUUAUCUUCCAGCAUCUAAAGCUCUAGGGAAAAAAACAAAAAACACCUUAAUAACUAGGUAAUAGUGUAACUGGAGUAAAGCCAUGCUAGAUACACCUAACGGUCCCAAACAUCAGCUUAAGGAGCACCAGUGUGCUUUGUAUGCUUUUCCCAUGUGCAGAGCCUGAGGAGUGUCUCAGGAGCAAUCAGACACUGGAAAAAUAAAAUAGGAAGAAUUCAUUUUUGUUACAGUAAUGCUGCCCAAAGUGGUAAAAAAAAAAAAAAAAUCAUCCUUUGCUCUGUUAAAUGUACACUGCCAGUCUGUGCUUUUAAGCUUAAGACACUUGAAAAAAGUGCCACCUUGAAUGAUAAGACGUCUGCAUUCUGCUAAACAGUUUUUAAAAUCUUUGAUGAUGGCAAUCAAUAGAAUGAACUUUUAAAUCUUAACAGUGAACUUGGUCUGUAUUUAAAAGAUGGACAAGGUCCGUGUGGAAGUGCCUUAAACCUGCACGUCUCUGUUAUGGCCGGGUGACAUUACAGCGGAUGCACCCAUCUUUCACAUAAAGCCUAUUCUAACCACCUACACACACACACAGAUAAAAGUUGGCAUGCUUCUUUCCUAAAUUAACCCCAGACUUCUUCAUGCGGUGCCAGACUAGAAAAUCUGAGAUCAGAGGAAUGGGAAUUCUGUUUUGGCAUGGAAUUCCUCUUAAGGCUCAGUGAAAAUGUGAAAGGAUUUUAUCUGCAGUCAGACUGCAGCUAGAGCAGAGAAAGCGUGGAUAUUGCAGUGUAACCAGUAGCACUUACUAAACCCUUACAGGUGCCUUAUUCAUUUAAACAGGAACACUCUAAGCUCUUACCUGUCUAACCAAAGAGGCAACUUCUUGAACACAGUGAACUUUUAAUAUGUUGUGCCGUUUUUUUUUUUCUUCUCCCCCUGCUCCCACCCAUCCUUUGAAUCUUACCGUGUGCUCUCUCCAACAAGAGGGGACAUGCUAGAAUUGAAGUGGAAAUUAUUUUUGGAACCUUUCGCCUCCAGUCCUUCAUACUAAUACCUCACUUUGAAUGUGUCAGCUCAGCGUCCUCUAGCUACAGCAUCAGGGUUUUCUUUUUCUGUCCAAACAGUCUCAGAGACUGAGAUGGAAAUGACUGAAUGACAAGCAGCACUUUCAUUAAGCAGAUUUUAUAGAAAAAGAACAAAAAGAACAAAAAAAAACAAAAAAAAAACCAACAUAAAACUUUAUAGUAUUAAUGGAAAGCGAAGCCCGGAACCAUGAUACACAUGAAAAAUAGCAUUUAUUAAUGCCACACAAUAUGUAGUGUGAUUUCAUCCUGUUCAAGAUCUUUCUCUUUGUGUUGUUUAUGUGUUUGUUUGUUUUUUUCUUUGGUUUUUUUUUUAUGUUUUGCAAGAAUAAUGAGCUGAAACGUCCUUUUCUAAUAGAGUUAAAAAAAAAAAAAAAAAAAGUCCCUCCAGAACUUUAAGGGAUGUGUCAGUAUAUUUUGGAUACUUUGUGUACAAAAAGCGAACAACAGAAACAGAAAUGAAAUAGUGUUGUAUUUUAUAUAUAAUAGAACAUUUCAAUAUAGUGACAUGUCACUAAUAUAUUUAUUUACUAAUAUAUUUAUCCAUAUUGCCCAGGUUUGAAAGAGUGGUUUCUGUAUAGACUGAAUGUUUCUAUAUGGAAACUGACUGGUGCCAUCACAGAUGUAUCAACCUGUCUUCAUUCCAA